CUUUCACUAACCUCCGGUCCACCAUGUCCGCGGUUACUAUUCGAUAUCUCAGACUCAGAGCCUCGUCUCGAUUCAAACCUCUCCAAAGCUCUCGUUCAGCUCAUACCUCAAACCAACAACAAUCCUCAACCACUCUCUUCGCUGGAACUUCCCAACCUCGCCCAUAUUCCGCCCAUCAUUCAACUCCCAAACUCAAGAGAGACUUACCUAGGCUUCCUAGACGAUGGCCCUUUGUCGUAGCCUUUUCACUCCUCGGAUUAACCGGAUGGGCAGGGUUCAUGACUGUGGUAACCAACCAAGAAAAGAUCACAAGUUCGGUGUUUAAGCAAGUGAUGAGAACUAUCAGGAACGACUCGAAGGUGUACGAGAUGUUGGGAGAUGCUAUUCGGCCUCAAUCAGAGUGGUGGUUGAAUGGAGAUCCGAAUAUCAAGGGACAGAUUAGCACGAUGCAAGGCAAUGUUGAUAUGAGUUUCCGAGUAAAGGGCUCGAAAGGUUCUGGAACUGUCUAUUUUACAAGUAUUAGAAGAGAAAAAGGAGUCCCUUUCACAAUCUUGCGAUUCAAAGUGAUAGGAGACGAUGGUUCCGUCAUUCAUAUCGAAUCCGCGCCUCCAGAAUAGAAACAAGCUCCAAAUGUCCGCCCGUGGAAUAUUAAUCCCACAUACCCUGUAAAAUCAAGUAUAAUUCCUCAUCUAUUAGCCAAACAAUAAUACGGAGUUCCGUGCUUUUAUUCUCCGUGGUGUGAAAGGAUUAGUCGAUUUGAGGUAUAUGUGUGUUGAAUAUCUAAGGUCGUGCGUGUAAAGAUGGAUCGUUUCCGUCAUGAAGGGUGGACGUUAAAGUUCC